AUGGUGUAUUAUUUUACAGCAAAGACCACGAGUGGUGGUGAUGACUUAUAUGAUAUGGUUGGACCCAAUGAGUCGACCUCCCACACUAUAUACAUGGGUAAAGACAAGUUUGAAAAUGACCCAUUAAUCAAACAUUCCUACCCAAAAAACAUUUGGUUUCAUGUAGAUAGCCAUUCAUCAGCUCACUUGUAUUUGCAGCUAACCCAAGAUCAAAUAAUGAAUUGGAAAUCUUUUAGUGAUUUCACCAUUGAAGAAGAUUUACUAAUCCAACUAGCUCAACUCACAAAAGCCAACUCAAUUAAAGCUAAUAAAUUAAACAAUAUAACCAUUAUCUAUACACCGGUUGAAAAUUUACACACUGACGGAUCAAUGGAUACGGGUACUGUUACUUUCAAAAACCCCAAGCUAGUUAAGCGUGUCAAGAUAUCUAAACGAGAGAAUGCCAUUAUUAAUAAAUUGACUAAAUCUAAAACUGAAAAAUCAACUGAUGAGUUCAUCAAACAACAAGAGGAAUUGGUAAGACAUAUAGCCAAGCAAAGGAAAUUCGACGAGGCUAAAGAAAAAGAAUUGAGUUUGCAGUAUGCUCAACAGAAACGAACUAAUGCUGAUCCAUAUGCUGACUUAUUUAAUAGUGAGGAGGUUGAAAAGAGCAGUAAUGAUAGACGACAAGAAAAUUGGGAUGAAGAUGAUUUUUGGUAA